AACCUAAAAUAUAUAAAAACAGGCACAUAAACUAUAAUUAACUUAACUGUAAUAAAUAUGACGAGAUGACCUGCUUGUUUAUUUAUUUAUUACUUUGAUCUCAUAUUUAACGGAAUAUCUAAAUAUAUAUCAAAUUUGAUAAAAAAUAAUUUUUUUUUUAUAGAAUAACUUAACAGUGACAAGUAGUAAAAUAAAAAUAAAUAAAAAAUGUUGACACCACGUUUUGAAUUGAGCCAAGAUGAAAAUGAAUUAAUAAUAAAUAUAUAUGCACCUUAUGCAAAUAUUAAGGACACUGAAGUUUAUGUUGAGAAAACAGAUUUUCGUUUUUUUUCAUCCCCCUAUUAUUUACGCUUAAAAUUACCUGGAGAAAUAGUAGAAAACGAUAAAUCAUUUGGUUCAUACGAUUGUGAUACUGGAAAGUUUUUAUUAAAAUUUUCAAAAAUAAAUCCUGGAGAACAUUUUGAUAAUCUUGACAUGAUAACGACUUUACUUGCACCCGCAAAAGAAAAGAAAAAUUUGACCGCCAAUAUUGAAGUCAUUGGAAAUCCAGCUGUGGCUGAUGAAUCUCUGGAUGACAAUGAAUCAGAUGAUUGGUUUAUACCGCAAUCAGCAUCAACAUCAUCAUCACUAACAAUUUUAACAAAUGCACCGAAAUAUGGAUUUGCAAAUAAAAUUUCUAAUGCAUUAACACCAUUUGAGGAAGGAUGGUUAAAAGACGUCGUAGAUUUACCAUCGCCUGAUUCAACAACUUCAAGAUUGCGUUCAUCUCUCCGCGAAUCCGAUGAAUUGAAUCACUUUAGCGAUGAUCAUUACAUGGCUGAUUUAUUCCAGUCCCAAGAUACAGUGAGACCAAUCUUAGACUUCAAUCCUCCUUGGCAUAGUUUUAAACCCGCAGAAAUCGAAUUCACUGACCGUGAAAAAGAUAUUUUGAAAGAGCUUCCAAACAAAGAAUUUUUACUCGACAAACAAGAGAUUCAAUCAGUAAUUUACGGUCUCAUAGACAUUUUAUUCGCAAGUUCAUACAACCAUCGAGUGACGAUAGGUGAAAAUACCAGCGAGAGUAGUUGGGAUGUUUAUAAAUUAAGCGGUACUUUAUGUUGGUUUGAAAGUUAUCAAAAUAUGCAUCAAGUUGUUAAAACUUGCGUGCGUCGAUCGCUCUGUUAUCCGCUUUAUCGUAACUGGGAAUUGUCAAUGAAGAUCUUGGAAGAUGUUAAAAUCAUGAUAAAGCUCGGCAAGAAGUUUAUUGUGAAGCGAUUAUGCGAAAUUUACGAUUUGUUCAAUAAUUCAUACCCACCGCGUCACGUAUUGAACCAAUUGUACAUCCGGGAUUAUCUAAUUUGGCUUCAACAAGUGUCCGAUAGUGUGAUAGAGACAAUGGUAGGAGAGUUAGAAGCUGUUGGGAUAAAAAAAGAGGAUGUUGGGUUAGAUCUUGUUGAACUGGAGGCUGCUGCUUGGUCGGUUUUGAAAGAGGAGGAAGAGAAGAAAAAUAAAAAUGAGGAUGUAAGAAUCGAUAUCGAGCAAGCGAGUUUCCCGGAAUAUUUCAUUAAUAGUGUUGUUGACGGUGUAGGUAAGUUGGAAUUGACGGAUGAUAGUGACAGUGAUACUGACACUGAUACUGAAACUGACAGUGAUGUUGAUAGUGAUAGUGACAGUGAUAGCGAGGAUAGUGAUAGCGAUUCAGAUUCAAGUUCUUCGGAUUUGAGUAGCAGUUCGAGUGAUUCAUCAAGUUCAGAGGAUAAUAAUAAAAAGCGGGAAGAUAAAGUUGAUCUAGACUCUGAUGAUCUUACUGAAGAAGAAGAGUAGAUAAAUAAUAUUUAUUGUUAAUGAUAAUUAAUACUCAGAGUUUAAGUGUUUCUGUUGGCAAGGGAUGAAACAAAAUGAUUUAAGACCAAGGUGCGAUGAUUGGCUGCGCGAGCCCAAGGCUUUAAAAAAUGAUUAAUUUUUUAUGCGAGUUUUAAUUAUCUAAAGAUGACUUUGCUCGUAUUUCUUAUACAGUUUUUGGGCUGAAUAAGUGGUACUUAUUUAUUUUAUCGUUAUAAUUAUCAAUAUUCUUUGUACUAGAGGCGUAAUGUCUUUAUUUUUCAAUUAUUUAAAUAAAAUAUUUGUAGAAAAAUAAGUCUUAACAUCUGAGUUGAUUAAGUGCAUUUAUUAAUUGUUAAAUUACUCUGGUAGCAUUGUCUUAAGCAAUUUACUUGACUAAAGUUAUUCAGCAAAACUCUUACGGAAGAUUCAAACGAGACUUGAACAAAAUAGAUUUCAUAAGUGUAAUUUUUACAGAUUUUAUCGAGUCUUAUUUACAAUUUUUUCUGAAAAUUAUGGAAAUCUGUAGAAACCAGUCUGCAGUAAUUCUUAACCAAGAUAUUUAAUAUUGAAUUGUUCGUUGCUUAAAAUCAGUAACUAUAGCUAUCCCAGUGUUCCUCAUUAAAAUUUAGAGCGCUACAAAUUAUUAAUAUUGUCACUCGAAAAAAAUUAAUCGAACACAAUGUGAGCAUCAUUGAAUUUACUACAUAAAUGCUGAAUACGCGAAUCAGGAAGUAAGAGUAGCCAUCUGCACGUAUCUAAAUAAAUUUUGCAGCAAGUCUGACCUAAUGGAUCUUACACAAAUGUCUUAGUCAACUAUUGUAACAGAUUUAGGGUAGAGGUACCGUUUUUGGCCACUUCGAAAUUUUGAAUAAAAUAAUUUGUAAAAUAUGCAAUGACAUAAUCAACCCUAACCCCAUGUCGCUGUUUUCAGCACCUGUAAACCUUGUCCGUAUGAAAAAACCAUAUACUGUCGAUAAUAUAUAAAAAAAUAUAUGGUAAAUAACUGAACAUAUAUGGCGGCAAAAUUA